CCUCCGCGACGCUUCUUCCAGGACGAAGGCGAUUUUCCGGAUCGGUCUCCCUUUAUCCGAAAACAUCCGCCUGUCGGAGCCCCUCAUCCGGCCGCUGGUGCUGCAAGAGACAUCCACAAUGCCUCCGAAGUUUGAUCCCGAGGAGAUCCACAUCGUGACAGUGCGGUGCUGGGGCCAACGCCUCCCUCCCCCCAACAUCUUGGCCAGCAAGAUCGGGCCGCUGCAGCUGUGCCCGAAGAUCGUGUGUCAGCAGAUCUGCGAGGCCACCCAGGACUGGCCAGGUCAGAAGGUCACGGUUCGGAUCACGGUGCAGAACCGGCAGUGCAAGACGGAGGUGGUGCCGUCCGCCGCCGCGCACCUCAUCCGGGUUCUCAAGCAGCCGCACAGGGAGAGGGUCGAGGGCCACCGUGGGAACUUGGCCUUUCACGAGAUCCUUGAAAUCGCCCGACAGAUGGCACCCCGCUCGAUGGCCAAGACGCUCGCUGGCACUGUCAAGAUGGUGCUCGGGACGGCACAGAGCAUCGGGUGCCUCGUGGACGGUGAGCACCCUCGCAGUGUCACCGAAAAAGUGAACGCCGGCAGCAUUUUCGUUCCACUUGAAUAGAAAACGGGCGACGGCUCCCCACGCCAUGUGAAAAACUCCUAAAUUGAAGCUGGAACUGAACAAGAUCUGAAUAAGCGUUUUUUUUUCAAGAUGGAUUUAAUUUUCUGUUCAGUGUGGUGCUGUUUUGAGUUCAACGCUGGUGAGGGGUAUGUUGAUUCCCUCCUCCCCCUUUUUUAUAUGUAGGGAUUGAUUUGAUUUAAAUGUUAGGGGGAUUGUCGAUGAUUAAAAGGCAAGGUGAUUUUUUGUUUUAUGGCCUCUAGGUUAUAAAAGGUGUGGAUUAAUUUUAUAAUUAAAAUUUAUUUUUCUUUGUGCAUCGUCAGUGACUAAUAAUAUGUCAUGAUGACUAAGUAUGCUAAUUAAGUUGUUUUUUUUAAUCGUCCAGUACUAAUGAAAUGGAUCAAUAA